AGCUAUCGAGUAGUUUCAACUUAGAAUCGAAGCUGAUGAAGGAAGUCUACGUAGUGUGUUUUGGUCCGGGCCUUCCAUCACUUAUAGUUUAGCAUGCACGUGGUGUUAAUACGCGGAUCCUGCUGAGAGGAUGAAGACCUCUGAAGAAAUUAGUGAUGUGAGUGAUGUGGACAAAGACAGUGAAUUUGACAGUGAAGCAGAAGAUGUAGAGUUCCAGUUGUAUCAGCAGUUGUAUUUUGAAACAAAUCCAGAUGUAACUGAAGCUGACACUGAGAGUAGGUCACCCACAGAGGAACAGCAUGAAGAGGAGACUGACCCCAAGACCUGUGAUGAACAGGUUGCACAGCUUGAUGGCUGCCAACUGAGCCAAGUACAUAAUCAAAAACACAUGCCAGAAAUGAGGACUUCAACUUUUCCACUCAAAUUUCCAACAGCUGCCUCUAAAAUUGAUGAAGCUCAGAAUUCCCAGUUUGACAAUUGCAUUUAUAUAAAUACUGAGGAAGGUACAGAGGUUACACUGACAGAUUUUACUGGUAAUGUAAAUGCAAGAAAUACUGAGAAUUGUUCCAUUGCACAAAAGGGUGAGAUUCAUAGAAACUGUGGUCCUGAAGUUUCUUUCAGUGGUGAUGUUUCUCUCAUAAAGAAAAAUGUGAUGUACUUGCAGUCAGUGAGAGAGAGAAUGUCUAGCACCUGUAGUGAUGGCAGUAUCUCUGGUAAUGUUCCUCUUGAUGUGCUGUAUUGUAACUUAGUGACAUCUGAGGAAGAGGAAGAUGAUAUUGAAAACAGAUUGAUCAUGAAAAAUAUAGAGACAAAUGACCAUGAAAGCAUUAAAGAAAGACCCAAAGCAAAAUCCAACAAAAGGAAAAGAAGAAAAACUUCAUGUUCUGAUCAUGAAGAAGACUCGAGAUGUAAUAACCUGCUCAGUGCAGUAUCAAAGAGCACUGUGAAUGGUGAUGUACACCAACUGGAAGAAGACAGCAAUUCAGAUGCUGAUAUAUAUGUACUUCCUCCACCGAAACCUAAAAAACCUGAAAUUUUAACUUUAGAAUCAAGUUCUGAUAGUGAAGAGAAAGCAAGAAUCAGAGAUGGAACCCGUAUAAAAUCAAACAGUAAUAAAUACCGAAAAAUUGAGAAGCCUCCUUCUUCAGUUCUCACAACUAAAAACAGAGAAGGAAUGUCAAGAAGUGUACAUGAAAUUUCAGAGAUUAGAGGAGAGCAUGGAAAGAAGGAAGGAGAUAUUGUAGCAUUUGGAUCAGAAUCAGACAGUUGUGACGUUGAUAUGCCAGAAGCUACAAAAGGCACUGACUUGACAUUGAAUAUUGAUAAAAGGCUCUCAGGCUGGAUCAAAACUAUAACAAAGGAUGCACCUACAAAUAAGAGGACAAAUAAGAGGAAAAAGGACAUAACAAAAAAGCCACGAAACAAGAGGAGCUGUUCCUCUGUUGACUUCACCAAAGGGCGACCCAAUACAACAACAAGGCCUUCAUGUGAGAAGUGGACUCAAAGCAUGGCAAAUUUUUAUGAUUCUGAUGUUUCUGAUGACUUUGAUGUGUCAGAAAUCCAUCUUCAGCAAUCAGGUUCACCAGCAGAUUGGUCUCUCAUUGCUGCUGAUUAUCAAAUUACUCGAAAAAAGAGGUACUAUAAUAUACCUGAAAAGUGUAAACGUUGCAGGCAAGAUGGACACACGAUCAACACGUGCCCUCGAGUUCCAGUCUGCCACCUUUGUUCUAAGACAGAUCAUUCUAGUCGAAAUAAUUGCCCUGAAAACUGCUGUUUUAAAUGUGGUGAGGAGCCUCAUUACUUCUGCCCUGCUACAGAUCUGGCACAUACCUGCAACUUGUGUAGUUAUCCAGGUCAUCAGAAAGACCUUUGUCCUGAUCUUUGGAGACGGUUUCAUCUAACUACCAAUGGAAUGGCAGCUAAGGCUCCUACAGAACACCUCAUGAGACCAUUAGGGGAGCGAUACUGUUACAGCUGUGGCAGACAAGGUCACUACGGCCACGAAUGCCCCACUAGAUAUCGGAACAGAUCAUAUACACAUGUCCCUCAGUCUGUUGUUAGCUACUGCUCUCCUGUAAACUUAAUUGGUGGCAAUUUUGCAGUCAAUGUUGAUGGAACACUGUCAUCAGCAGUAGAGGUAAAUUUGACCACAAUGCACAUCAAAUCAAGAGAUGUAGGAAGAAUAAUAGGGCAGAAAGGAGCAGUGAUAAAGUCAGUCAUCAAGGAAUCUGGUGCUCAUGUCCGUAUCGUCCAAGAGGGAAAACCACAGGUACUUCUGUUUGGCCCUUUGGAAGCACGACUCAAGGCUCAAGAAAUUAUAGAAGUUCUUCUAGGAAAGAGGAAGAAUGGAAGUAUGGAUGUCACUGAAUCUUCAGAUAACAUCAAUAAUUGCUAUUCUUUGGUAACUAAUGUUAGUGACAAUGUUCCCAUGGAUGCAGGUGAUAGCAUCAGUAGUCAGAAAAUUUGGAAUGGGCAAUUUUCUUCUCAUACUGACAGAAAAAAAGGUAUUGUGCUAAGUAACAUUAAAGUGUUUAUGAAAAGUAUGCGCAUUAAAAAGAAUAUAAAUCUAACUUCUAGUAUAAAGAAACUGAAAAAAUUUAAGUUGAGGAAGGAAUCUACAUCAUCUGUGCAGCUCUCUGAAAAUGAAAAGAAACAUUUAAAUAUAGUUGCAAUGAAUGCUUUAGCAAAUUCAAACUAUGGAAAUAGUUAUGAAAUACAAGAAAAGCUGACUACUUUGUUGAAGUCGGUGCAGUCUUGUCCAUCUGGUACUGUUCCAAAAAACAUCUGUGUUCAACUUACAGAAACUGUGCAGCCCUUCCUCAACCCUUCACUUGAAAAACUAGAAGAACUAUUACAGUAUGCUGAAAGUAACACAGAUGCCUUCUUAAAGAAAAAAGAUAAAAAAAACAUAAAAACUGUAAAUAAAUCAAAUAAGAAAUUAAAUAAACAUGUACCAAGUAAAAACAAAAAUGUAAAAGUAAUACAAAAGGAAAAUAAACAAACUAACAAAAUAAAAAAAAUCAAAGCUGGGAAGAAACAAAAAGCCAAGAAUGAAAAUGCCAAUAAAGAAAAAAAAAUCCUGGGAAAAAAAAAGCAGAAGAGAUACAAAAAAACCACAGCCACAAAGAAAGCUAAACCAAAAAAGAAAGCAGUGAACACCUGAAAAUGAGAUAAAUGAAGCACUAUUGUUAAAAAAUUAUAAUAAUUUAUAAUGAGUUUUAAAGCACUAAAGAUAUAUACAAGU